AUGAAUGCUAGAAAUAUUGGUGUCAUUUUUGACAAUCAUUUUCAUUUCAACGCACAUAUUGCAAGUACUUGUAAAUCAUCUUUUUGUCAUCUCCGUAACAUCAGCUAUAUAAGAAAGUGCCUGUCAUCGAACAGUACUGAAAUACUUGUUCAUGCAUUUGUGUCUUCAAAACUGGAUCAUUGCAAUUCUUUACUCUAUGGCCUUCCGAACUACCAAAUUAAAAAGUUACAGCACGUCCAGAAUGCCGUUGCUCUUCUCAUCACUCUUUCAAGAAAACGUGAACACAUUACACCUAUUUUGUUCAAUCUUCACUGGCUUCCGAUAAAUUAUCACAUCAUGUUUAAAAUUCUACUCAUCACGUACAAGGCUCCUAACAAUCUGGCACCUUCGUACAUUCGCGAUCUACUUAUACCUUACAUUCCAUCUCGUCAGCUACGUUCAUCAUCUAAAAAUCUUCUCUCUAUUCCGCAUGUUAAUUUGAGAACAUACGGUGCAAGAGCUUUCUCUGUGGCAGCCCCCACACUCUGGAAUACUCUGCCGUCUGACAUUAAGAAUAGCCCCUCGGUGUCCGCUUUUAAAAACAGACUUAAAACUUCACUUUUUAAAAAAGCAGUUUUAUAA